UGUGCUGAAGAUUUCUGUGCUGUAUGUCAGACACUUCAGAGAUGACUGGACCCCUCAUCUGUGUGAGAAUUAGCAGGGCACUUUGCUUUUGAAUGAAAAUUCUUUCCUAUUGUUGCGCCUCUACAAAAAUGCAGAGCUUGAAGAACACAGACUUCAAGCAGAUGAUCCCAUUUACAAUGACAGGACAGUGAUGACAACUGUUGGUGAACAAGAUUCGAAAAAAAGGAACCCGGACGGUAGGGAAGAGGUUCUUAGAUGACAUUCAGCUCCGGAGCAAUCCUCUUCACCUUCUUUUGUGAUAGCCUUUUGUUCUUUGUUACCUUCUCGUACACCGAAUUUGCACAAGGAGCAUGGAUUAAGAAGAUCGGCAAUUUAAUUGUUUUCAAGCGUAGAAGCUCACAUUGCUUUAAUAAAAAAUCUUUUGGAAAUAUCAUUAAUAUAGCUUUAAAAAUCCGAAUGAAAGAACAAUGACAUAAACACUUGUGAUGGCAGCUAAACAUCACCACGGGGCUGGGAGCAGGAAGGACUCGGAACCUUGCAGCAAAUGUAAAUGACUGAAUCUUGACCCUGUCCUUUUAGCUUUAUUGAAAAGUUUAUAUAGUUGCUAAGAUUAUUACAUCAAUAUCAUUAUCCUGGGAAGAAUAAACUCAAUGAAGAGGUCUUUCAAAACUGAAAUGAAACCAUUGUGUAAGAAAGUUGAACAGUUUGAAGAAAGAAUACAAAGAAAAAGAAAGUAAACAAUAUACGGUUUCCUUUUGUGAGAAUCUGGAGUCUGCGACAUAGCUGAUUUUACACAAUGCUGGGAGAUGGAACAUAUACACUGUUGGACCGUUUCUUUCUGCCUUUUUCUUUAUACUGGAUCCCGAGUGCUAUUUUGAUUGCCUUCAUUCACUAGAAGAAGGAGAUUAGAUAUUUUAUUCAAUUGCUGAACUUCAAAAAUAGUCAUACACAGUUACAAUAAUAACAGCAGUAAUGCUGCAAACUGCAUUGUGGUUCUAAAUUGCAACUCUCUUGAUAAACAAUCCAUUAACAGCAGAUUUGCAAAAGAAAAAUGAUCCUACAUAUGGUCAAGAUUAAUAGAGAAGAUCUCUUAGACUGAGACCAGAAGUUUUUGUUUUAUGCAUUAAGGUGUCUGCCCAGUUUCAAUUUAAAGGAUUGGGAGGAAUCCCUGCAAAGGAACAUUCAUGGAGAUGAUGCACGUGAAUAAUUUCCCUUUCAGGAGGCAUUCAUGGAUAUGCUUUGAUGUGGAUAAUGGCACAACAUCAGGUCGGAGUCCCUUAGAUCCAAUGACGAGUCCUGGCUCAGGGCUGGUUCUACAGGCCAACUUCGUACAUAGUCAACGACGGGAGUCCUUCCUGUACCGGUCUGAUAGCGACUAUGACCUCUCUCCAAAGUCUAUGUCAAGGAACUCCUCCAUUGCGAGCGACAUUCAUGGAGAUGACCUAAUAGUGACUCCCUUUGCACAGGUGCUGGCAAGUCUGCGCACUGUAAGGAACAACUUCGCCACACUAACCAACUUGCAAGAUCGAGCAUCCAGCAGCAAGCGCUCACCAAUAUGUAACCAACCACCCAUGAAUAAGCCAAGUUUCACAGAGGAGGCCUACCAAAAGCUCGCAACAGAGACCCUGGAGGAGCUUGACUGGUGCCUGGACCAGCUGGAGACCCUGCAGACCAGGAAUUCUGUCAGUGAAAUGGCCUCCAAUAAGUUCAAGAGGAUGCUCAAUCGAGAGCUCACUCACCUCUCUGAGAUGAGUCGCUCAGGCAAUCAGGUCUCUGAGUUCAUAUCCAGUAUAUUUUUAGAUAAACAACAUGAAGUUGAAAUUCCAUCACAAGCACAGAAAGAAGAGAAGAAAAAGAGACCAAUGUCACAGAUCAGUGGGGUGAAGAAACUCAUGCACAGCUCAAGCUUAACAAAUUCUAGCAUUACUAGGUUUGGAGUCAAAACUGACCAGGAAGAUCUUUUGGCAAAGGAAUUGGAAGAAAUUAACAAAUGGGACUUCAACGUCUUUAAGGUGGCAGAAUAUUCCGGAAACAGACCUUUAACAGUUGUCAUGUACACAAUUUUUCAGGAGCGGGAGUUGUUAAAAACAUUCAAAAUUCCACCAGACACUUUAAUCACCUACUUGAUGACCCUGGAAGAUCAUUACCAUGCAGAUGUAGCUUUUCACAAUAACAUUCAUGCAGCAGACGUUGCUCAGUCCACUCAUGUUUUGCUAUCUACACCUGCAUUGGAGGCUGUCUUUACUGAUCUGGAGAUCCUUACUGCAAUAUUUGCAAGCGCUAUUCAUGAUGUGGAUCACCCAGGGGUUUCAAAUCAGUUCCUUAUCAAUACAAAUUCAGAACUCGCCUUGAUGUAUAAUGAUUCGUCAGUGCUGGAGAACCAUCACUUGGCCGUUGGCUUUAAGCUUCUGCAAGAAGAGAACUGUGAUAUUUUCCAGAACUUGACGAAGAAACAAAGACUGUCACUGAGGAAGAUGGUCAUAGACAUUGUUCUUGCCACAGACAUGUCCAAGCACAUGAACUUACUAGCUGAUUUGAAAACAAUGGUAGAAACGAAAAAGGUGACGAGUUCUGGAGUACUCCUUCUAGACAACUAUUCAGAUAGAAUACAGGUUCUGCAAAAUAUGGUGCACUGUGCGGAUAUAAGCAACCCCACCAAACCUCUUCAGCUGUACCGCCAGUGGACAGAUCGAAUAAUGGAAGAGUUCUUUCGCCAGGGAGACCGAGAAAGGGAAAGGGGAAUGGAAAUAAGUCCCAUGUGUGACGAGCACAACGCCUCCAUUGAAAAAACACAAGUGGGUUUCAUCGACUACAUUGUCCAUCCUCUAUGGGAGACGUGGGCUGACUUAGUCCAUCCUGAUGCACAAGACAUUUUAGAUACACUGGAAGAUAACAGAGAAUGGUAUCAGAGCACAAUUCCACAGAGUCCUUCACCUGCCCCUGAUGAUGGCAGUGAAGGGCGACCAGGCCAAGUGGACAAGUUCCAAUUUGAGUUAACACUAGAAGAAGAUGGUGAAUCAGAAACUGAAAAAGACAGUGGUGGUAGCCAGGGUGAAGAUGACAACAGCUGUAGUGACUCCAAGACUCUUUGCACUCAAGACUCCGAAUCCACAGAAAUUCCAUUGGAUGAGCAAGUGGAUGAAGAAGAGGGACCAACAGAUGCCUCCGGGGAACAGGAGGCAGAAGGAGAAGAGAAAGCUGUAGAUACAUAAUAAAGCUGAUGGAGAAGGUAUCUUGGAAAGCUCUUCCAAGCACAUGUGUAGCUACAGCUAAUGCAAAUUCCUCAUCCUCAUUGACAGUACUUUGUAUAUCGCAAAGCCAGGAAUCAUCUAGAUGACUCUGUACUCAGGAAUAACAUGUCAGAAUUUCAGCUCGACGUCAUCAUUACAGCAUGGGAAAUCUAGUAAAAAACUGAUCAUUACUACUAUCAGAUUUAUGAAUCCGAAAUAGCAAUGGAUUGCUUCCGGUGGGAAAAAAAUGUUAAACCAAACGUGGGGUUUUUUUUCACAAAGCUGUAGCAGUUUGAGCGUUAUUUCCAUAAACAGAUGACAAAAGUAUGGAAAUCCAUUCAUGAGAUAAUGCUGCAGACACUGGUUUCUUCAAAUGCUUCAGCAAUGAAGAUUGAAAUUCACAGUAUUGUAUGAGGCUGCGGUAAGAGGAGAUUUGUCACCAAUGGGAAGUUUGAUCAUUUAUGAAAUCACAAGACGUUUUAUAAUUUCGAGUCUUCCUUGAAGCCUGACUGUAAAAAUUGUACUGCUACAAGCUGUACUGACCUCUUUUUGUAUCAUAUGUAAUACAGAGAACUUUUUUAGAUUUUACUUUUGUUAAUACAGAUUUAUGGAAGUAUUAUAUUUAAAAAUACUUUGAAUUUUCAUCUGUUAUUGGUAGAUAUACUAGUAACUUGCAAGUUCUCUGUACAAUUCUGUAUGCUGAGUGCAAGUAUUUCUUUAUCAUCAUACAUAUUAUGAUUUUAUGAAUUUAAUACCAUUUAAAGCAAUUAUUCUCUGGGAAUAAAAAUGCCACAAGUCCCCAGAUGCUGCAUUUUUCUUUGUUAAUGAUUGCAUUGAAAGGCAUUGGAUCUGAAUGAAACCCUUGAUUUAUAAUGUUGCCCCAGCAGCUUGUGGAAACUCGUAGAUAGCAGACAAUCAACCUUGAUAGGCUGUCGCCAGAAUUGGGCAUAAAAUGCGCAGAAUUUCACAACACUCAAAUUUUCUUGCCAAAAUGUGGUCAAGCUGCAGACAGCUUGUGAGAGUAAUGCAAGCAAAGUUAUGUUGCAUUAUUGUGAAGAUUCAGAUGAAGAACUUCCAUAUUGUGUAAAGCCAUGUAGACUACAGGUGCCACGGUAAUGUAGCGGUUGGCGCAAUGCUCUGGGUGUUGUGGAGUUCAAGUUCAGUUGUGGUGCCGUUCAGUGGAGUCGGGAUGUGCCACGGUAAUGUAGCGGUUGGCGCAAUGCUCUGGGUGUUGUGGAGUUCGAGUUCAGUUGUGGCGCCGUUCAGUGGAGUCGGGAUGCGUGGCGUUUUGCCCGAGAGCUCGUUCCAAACAUGAACCGUGUCGGUUAAUUGGAAAUUGUAAACUGCCCCAUGAUUGGGUUAGGGUUAAUCAGAUUUGCCGGGGCAGCGUGACAGUCAGAAGGGCCUACUCCGCACUGUAUCGCUAAACAAUAUAAAUACAAAUAAAUACUGUAUGGCAGCAUGUAGCUCCAAAUUAGUACACCUAGGCUUGCAAGUUACUGUACCAAUGCAAAACUUUUACUUCCCCACCAACAUGCCCACACCUCCCCCUCCCCACCCAUCCUCAUCAGGAUGUUUCGGGGAGAAUUUAUAGAUAGAACAAACUGUUAAACUUGAAUAGGUCUGGCUGUUAAGGAGCACCUACUGAAUGAGCUUAUUUUCCUCCAUUAUUUAAUUUUGUUGCCAUACCUUUUUCCUCACCAAAUGACCUUACUUGUAAUCCAGUCUUGUUUGUCUCUGUUUACAACCAUGUAUUUAUUGAAUUGUACAUACUGUAAUGUUCAUUGUAAAUUAUUGAUUCUUAUUAUAACACAAUUCCUAAUGGACUGGUGUUACUACAAUGGAAUCUCCUUGUGAAAAAAUGAAUAUACUUAUAUCUGUAAAUUUUCUUCUAUAAUAUUAUGCCAUCUGUAGCUUGACUAAGGAGAACUUGAGGAAAUCAACACUUGAUGUAAACGGUUGCAGGCCUUUGGCCCCAGGGUUGUGCCUUAACUUUCUCCAAUAUAUUGUUACUGUCUGCUGCAUUUCAAAGCUUACUAGUCAAGUGACAGUUCGAUGAAAGGGGAGAUUCUUUCCUAUUAAAAGCAGAGCCUCCUUUGACACGUAAACUGUAGAUUUCAGCAGCCCUGGCCCAAAGGGAUUGGACUUUUUUUUCUUUUUGAAUUAAACCAUAAUAAAAGGGAUUACAGACAAUUGUUAUCUACAGAGACUUCUGAACAAUUUAUUUUGUUUUGAAUAUGUCUUUAGAGCAGCAACUUGUCUGGCGGUUGCAAAAGAAGAAUCUUUCAAUGGUUUUCCUAAUCUCUUACAGUCUAUGGUAUAGCACUGUAUGUAUAUCAUGCUGAGAAACCUUCAUAAAAUGUUUUUAUAUGCAAUGAUAAAAAUAAAAGCAUGAGUUGAUUCUACUUAAUUUAAUACU